AAUUGUAUGGUUAAUUUGCUUAACGACGUGUUCUGGGUAUCAUCCAAACCAUUUGUGGAAUAGUUCAAUGAUUUGGGUUAUCGUUCGUUUAUGGUUAUUUUUUAUUAGGGCCGCCAGUGCAAAUUCUGCACGUAUUCACGAAGCACUACAAGCACAACUGACGCAACAUGGAUAUCAGCUGUCGCAAUCUGGUGUUGCUUACGUUUCGAUGAGUCAAGUUGCAAGUGAGAACUUGACUCAAUGUUCUCAAGAUCCGCUUGGAGAACAAAUCCAAGAUUCAAGCUCCGAUGAAAGCUCGAGUGAAAAAUCAACGAACAAAGCUCAGCCAACGCCCAAGAGAGCUGCAGCUCCUCUUGAUAUUCGUGAGGAUAUAGACGCCUCUACUGCAGAAGAAAGCUCGGAUGAAUGUUCUGCUGCGAGUACGACUAUGAGCCAGCCUGAAGAAGCUGUUACUGUUGACCAACGUGACGAUCAACAUGUAGUUGGUGAACACUCGAAAGAAGCCGCUAGAGUAAUCAGAGAGAGCAUUAAGGAGGAUUGUGACAAGUGUACGUUUUUCAAGAGAGAACUGGCACGACGAAACGCGGAAAUAAGACGGUUGCGAAAAGUGAUGGCAGAUAUUAACAGAGAAAAGGUGGCUCGUGACGAUCACACUUUGUCGCUGUCCCGAGAACUUCAAGAUCUGAAGGAAAACCGGAAAAUACCAUCGGUUUCCUUCACGUAUGAUAGUGCUAUCGAUAUCACGCUCGAAGAACUAAAGGCAAUCGAUGGUCAAUCAACAUCCGAUAGCAUGUUUGUGGCCAACUUGGCGAUCCAUUUUUUCGGAGCGGACCGUCUCAGGAACAUGAGCGUUACGGGGAAACCAACGCCCCGUUUCAAAAGGGUGCUUAAAGAUGAUGGCUCUUUGUUUUAUCCAGCCCGUGAGAAAAUUGACCCGACGAUCUACAAAUUCAUAUGUGAAAAACUCUCAGAACGUGUUGCCAUCCGUCUUGGCCCGUCGAAGGUAAACCAAAUUACGUACUUCGCUGAUGAAAAACGUGUACGUAAGGCCCUGGCAGUUAAAAUCAGCAAUCUUAACAAAGCUGCUGUCAAACGUGCUUCACGAAACCCGAGAAUUUAA